AUCGUCCAUUGCGGAAUUGACGAGAAUGCCACCGAAGAAAACGAAGCUUACAAGAUCACGUAGUAGUUCUCGGUCCAGGGCCCGACCCGCCUCUAAAAAACGCUCACCAUCUCGGAGGUCCGUAUCACGAUCAUCCAGAUCGCGGACGCCAGCCUCAGAGUCCAAGGUCGUCAGGCGGCGGUCUCCUAGCCUCUCAGAUGAUGAGCAAGUGGUUAAGUCGUCCAAGCAGCAGAGACGCGGUACGCGGGCCUCUUCGGCAGGCAGGAUCGUAAAGUCUUCGUCCAGAUCUUCUGUAAGGCUCAUUGAAAAACUGGAAGCCCUUCAUCCAAGUGAGGCAAGAACGGAUUCUCCGAAGUCUCGCUAUGCUGACGCCAAGCCGACUUCCUUCGGUCGCCGAUUGGCCGUGAGUGUCGGGUGUUUAAUGCAUACCGUUUAUCAUGGUAUCUUCUCUGAAGCCACCGGCUGCGUACUCGCUACUCUGCUCCUGCCGCUUAUGGUUUUAUACCUGAACUUUUUGGUACUUGCUCCGACCUCUUCUGAGAGUGGCACGCACCUAGAAACGCCCUGGGGUCCGGGCAUGUCUUUAUUGGGCUCACUGUGGCCAUCGGAUGUGCAUGCGUACUUCGAUCCAUAUGCCGCUGUGCUCGUCUUGGGGUUCUUAAUGUUUACAAUGAUCGUUUCGCGAUUCAUGCCUUUCGGACGGAGCUUCACUGUCAUUGCCGGCGGUCGUCGCACCGACGCAAGAGUUAAUGGUUUGAUAGUCGCUCUUCUUUGUGCCACCAUCAUGGGCCUUAUUCAGUGGAAGGGCGAUCACUAUGUUCACGGAUUCCAACCAGCCAACCUUCACAAUCACUGGCCGGGUCUCCUAACUACCAGCGUUAUCUUGAGUAUCACCACUGGAAUGUUCGCCUUUUGGCAUGCUGGAGGCCAUCAACGAAAAGCUAUAGUGAAGUCUUUCCAUGGGAUUGAAACUCGUCCUCGUGUGUUUGGAAGUGAUUUUAAGCUUCUUCUGCUCUAUCCCUCGAUGAUUGGCUUGAGGAUACUUGAAGUGACCCUGGCGUUACGGCAGUAUAAUGAGCAUGGUCGCGUGAGUCCUGCCCUAUUCACAGUUAUUGCACUACACGGCCUCUACAUAUUCGACUUCUUCGUUUUUGAACCAACUAUUCUCAGUUCGUUCAAAAUGAAUCACGAGGGCUUUGGAUUGUUCCAGACUAUUCGGCUUUUCGUCGUUUUUCCUUUUAUGAGUGGCCUUAAUGCCUUCUUUCUUGCUGUUAACUAUGAUGCCGGUCACCCGGGUACUGAGCUGAAGUCUUACUCCACUGCUCUCUUGAUCGCGUCUGUUUCGGUAUUCCUGAUUGGCCUGUGGAUCAAGCGCAUCUCCAGCAACGAAAAGCGUGCCGUAGUGGUCGAGCGUUCCUGCGCUACGAGAUACGUGUCCGCUUGGAACAGGUACACUGGUCUCGUGCCCAAGCGCUUCCUGCCCCAUCCCAUUAAGGACGAGGGCAAACUGGUCAUUGGGAAGUACUGUGGAGAUUUGACUCCUGGGGUGGAUAUGAGCGAAAUCUUUGCGGGAACCGGUCUCCCUCCGUUUCCUGGGUAUAGCCUCAGUGUUUCGUCGGUAAGAGCCGCAGUUAGCAUCGGAAUGCUGGUCGCUUGUCAGGACUCAGCUAAUAGUAAUUUCUGUCGCGCCGGCUGCUCGUAG